AAAUAAAUAAAUACGUUCAUACAUGCUUUCAUGGUAGCGAAAAAGAAGGAUCCCCACAACUUCAUUCACUCAUUAAUAACUUUCAUGCACUACUAUCAUUCAAAAACACUCCACACAUACCCAAUAAAAUUAUUCCUCCAAAUUCAAAAUGCCAACUUCUUCUUCACAAAUCUUCAUCUUCCUCAUUUCCAUGUCCAUCUCCAUUAUGGGACCCAACUAAUUAUAGUGAACAACUGCAAAGAAAGCAUAUGGCCGGGAAUCCUAGGCUCCGCCGGCCACCAAACUCCACAAGACGGCGGUUUCCAUCUCUACAGCGGUGAACAAGUCUCACUCCAACUUCCCGAGAACUGGUCCGGAAGAAUUUGGGGAAGACAAGGUUGCUGCUUCGACCAAAAAACAGGAAAAGGGUCGUGCCUGACAGGAGACUGCGCGGGACUUCUCCACUGCAGAGGAAUCGGCGGAGUUCCUCCGGCGACGGUGGUGGAGAUGACUUUGGGGACGUCAAAAUCUUCCCUGCAUUACUACGACGUGAGUUUGGUGGAUGGGUUCAACGUUCCGGUGUCGAUGUCGCCGAUCGGGGGCGGAGUUGGGUGCGGGUUGGCGGCGUGCGAGGCCGAUGUGAACAAGUGUUGUCCGUCGGCGCUGGAGAUGAGGAGAGGAGGGAAGGUGGUGGGAUGCAAAAGUGCUUGUUUGGCUUCCAAAUCCGACAAGUAUUGCUGUACGGGACAGUUUGCGAGCCGGCAGAGUUGUAAACCGACUGUGUUUUCGCGAGUGUUCAAGGCAAUUUGUCCCAGGGCUUAUAGUUAUGCUUAUGAUGAUUCUACUAGUCUUAAGGUUUGUAAAGCUCCUCGCUAUGUUAUUACCUUUUGCCCUCCUAACUGAAAAUUAGAAAGGCUCCAAGAUCAAUGUGUGUUUUGUAUUUUCAUUGCUAUGUAUUAAGUUUCUUCGUAUUGUUUUGGUUAAUUUCAACUUUAAAUUUAGAUUCUUUGGGAUAUGGAAAUUUUUUAUGCUUAAAUUUUCUUUAUUUAUGAGAUUAUAUAAACUUUAUUGCA